CCGGAGAAGCGGCUUGUUUAAGCGGCUCGAGAGGGCGGCCCGGGCUCUGGAGGCAGCUGCUGGGGGACCAUGUUCGACCCGGGACAGGAGACGCUGAGUGCAGAGAUUGGGGAGGACAGUAAUGGCAUCAACCUGAUGGAGUUCUCAGAUGAGAUCCUUUUGCACAUCCUGAGCUACGUUUCUUGCACAGACCUUGUUCUGAAUGUGAGGAGAACCUGCAGAAAGCUUGCAACUCUUUGUCUUGACAAGAGUUUAACCCACACGGUGCAACUUCAUAAAAAAUAUCAGGUCAACAAGGACAAAGUGAAGCAGCUAAUGAGGGGGAUUGGAAAAGAGAUCCACCAGCUGAACAUGGCUGGCUGCUACUGGCUCCCCAGUUACACCAUUGACCAUGUAAUACGAUGCAAGAACCUGGUGAAGCUGAACUUGUCUGGCUGCCAUCUCACCUCCCUCCGCCUCUCCAAGAUGCUCUCUGCUCUCCAGCACUUGCGCUCACUGGCAAUUGAUGUAAACCCUGGUUUUGAUGCCAGCCAGUUGAGCAGUGAAUGUAAAGCCACACUUAGUCGUGUACUGGAGCUCAAGCAGACCCUUUACACACCGUCAUAUGGGGUGGUUCCAUGCUGCACCAGCCUUGAGAAACUGCUGCUCUAUUUUGAGAUCCUAGACCGAUCCCGAGAAGGCUUAAUUUUGUCUGGCCAGCUGAUGGUGGGUGAAAGUAAUGUCCCCCACUACCAGAACCUUCGUGUCUUUUAUGCUAGGUUGGCUCCUGGCUAUGUCAAUCAGGAGGUGGUGAGGCUGUAUCUGGCAGUGCUAAGUGACCGGACCCCAGAGAAUCUUCAUGCCUUCCUCAUUUCUGCCCCUGGCAGUUUUGCAGAGAGUGGAACCACUAAAAACCUUUUAGACUCCAUGGCUCGAAAUGUAUGUUUGGAUGCUUUGCAGUUGCCCAAGUCCUGGAUUAAUGGAUCUGGCCUCCUUCAGCACUUGAAGUUCAACAACCCUUUCUACUUGAGCUUUAGCCGCUGCACCUUAUCUGGUGGCCACCUGAUCCUGCGCGUUAUUAAUGGAGGGAAGGACCUCAAAAGCUUGACCAGUUUGAAUCUCAGUGGCUGCAUUCACUGUCUGUCUUCUGACUCCUUGUUUCGGAAGGCAGAAGAUGAUAUUGACAGCAGCAUUGUGGAGAGUCUGGUUGUUUCCUGCUGCAAUCUGAGACAUCUGAACCUUUCUGCUGCCCACCAUCACAGCUCGGAAAGCCUAGGGAAGCAUUUGUGCCAGCUCCUGGCACGGCUAAAGCACCUGCUGUCUUUGGCGCUGCCGGUUUGCUCCAUCACAGAUGUUCCUACAAACACAGACAAGCCACCUGUGCAGUCUGUGACUAAUGUGGUGCCCCCAGGCCUUGGAAAGAAAAUCCGGAUUGGGGUGCCAACAUAUGCCAAGAACUUCUUGGAGCAGUCAAAUCAGAAGUCUCAAUCCUCUGUGUUUUGGACUCUGUUGGAGAACCUCCCGUUUUUGAAAAACUUGGAGUUAAUUGGGUCCAACUUUUCCUCUGCCAUGCCCCGGAAUGAGCCAGCAAUUCGGAACUCCCUGCCCCCUUGCAGCCGGGCACGGAGCGUUGGGGAUUCAGAGAUGGCUGCCAUUGGCCAGUUGACCUUUUUGCAGAACCUCACUUUAGCACAGCUACCUAAUAUCCUGACUGGUUCUGGGCUUGUUAGCAUUGGAUUGCAGUGCCAGCAUCUGCGGAGUCUCUCAUUAGCUAACCUGGGCAUGAUGGGAAAAGUGGUCUAUAUGUCUGCCCUCAUGGACAUGCUGAAGCACUGCAAGUGCUUGAGGGAUCUCAGGUUAGAGCAGCCGUACUUCAGUGCUAACACCCAGUUCUUCCAGGCACUGAGUCAUUGUUCUUCUCUCCAGCGCCUUUGUGUCAUCUCCCGGAGUGGAACUCUGCAGUUUGAUGCAGUGAUGUCAUUCAUGGCCAACUGCCUUGAGGUCGUCAUGUGCCACAUGUUUAUGGGAGAAUCUCUCACAAUUUGCAAAAAUCUUCAGCAGACCAUUUUACGGAGUUUCCAGGCAGACCGCCCUGCAUUAAAUGUCGUCAUUUUCCCUCUACUACAUGAGGACUUGACAGAGGUCAUCAGAGAUGUCCCCAUGAUGCACUUGGAUGAAAUUACCUUGUUUAAAAGCAGAGUGGCUGAGGAACCUCCAAACCUGUGGUGGUGAUUGUGCCAUAGCACAUGUAGAACAGUUGGGAUGAACGUGUGAAACAGCUUCUUAUUGGCUUGGAAUCCCCCUUCUUGAGCUUCUGGCCGCCUUAUGGGAUGCUGUACUAUCACUUUAAAUCAGUGCAAUUGAAAAGCAGAAGAGCCUCGACAAACACAGACCUUGCACAUAAAAAUACAAUAUCAAAGCCUUUUGGAACCAUAUGGAGAUUUCCUUGUGGUUAAUAAUGAAUUCCUCUUUUACUUUCUAUUAGUUAAAGGCCAGCUCCCCUCUUCUCCCUCCCUCGGCGGCUGCUUUCCAGCUUCCUUUGAAUUUUCAAAAUGGCUAACCUGGUUAGAAGUAAUGAUAAAAGGAUGGAUGAUGCCUGGCUAUUAACAUGGUUGCUGUUAGCAGCAGGAUCUCAGCCAUAAAACAUGAAGCAAGGGAGACAUUGACCUUUCUGCUGUUUUGAAAUGAAUGGAGACAUCGAUAUCUAUUGUUUUCAGUGGCAUUGACCUCUGACACUCUCACUUCUCCUUCUCCCUCGCUCUUUUAUUUCCUCCUGACGCUUGGGGAGAGGGGUCAGUUUGUACCAUCUAUUGAUCCUGAUCUUACUUGGUGAUAGGGAAAUAAUUAGAAUUGUAAAAGAUCUACAUCAUACUAGCACUGUAUAUAUAUAUAUACACAUACAUACAUCCCUCCCCCCACCCCCCAUUGGAAAUUCAAAACUCCUAGAUCUGAAAGAAGGCCGAUCAAUUUAGGUUUAAUUACUAAAUGUUUUUUAUUUUAGCUUUGUAAAUGCUCAAGUGUAGCAUUUUAUGUUACUGUCACAGGAGUCUGGAUGCCUGGUGCCUUGUUUUAUUUAUUUAUUUUGUCGUAAGUAGCCCCUCUUAUGUGAACAACUUCUACGUACUGAGAAUGUGAAAUCAGGCAUUGCUAAUUAGUUGGAUGACAAUUAAGUAAUGUAGCACAAAACCAUUAGGACAUCGAAUUUGUUUUUGAAGUUUCUCCUUUGAAGUGGAAGCUGCAACUCUGCCCAAGGCUGCUAGGGAAAUGUUUUUUUGUCAGAAUUUUCUUUGAAAAAUGUCCGUGUAAAGUCCCUAUUCUGUUGAGAAUCUCCUAUAUUCACUCCUAUAUAAACAGAGGGUGAAACUUUGUUGUCAAAAUGUUGAAUUUAAAAAAAAAAACAAUUUAAGGAGCAAUUGGUCUCUAAGUAACACCCACUUUUUUGGUAUAACUGUUACUGAAACCGUUGUUUCAGCUUGCUGUAAGAGAAUUGUGUUACAAUGGGAGUGAAGACAUAUGUUACACCGAAACAUGAAAGCUAGAGGAGGUGGCUUCCAAAAUCAAGAUUUAGCCUGUGAUGUGCUAAAUGACACCAGGAACCCAAGCAGCCUGUUUGCAAAUGACUGACAAACUCCUCAGUUUUAACAGCUCCAUCUGUGCACUUGUUUUACACUUGUAUUUACAGCUCGCUCUUUGUUCAUAAUAGUGAACCACAUUCUCAAUGUGCAAUUUUUCAUGUACAUUUGUGGCAUGUAAAAGAUUUCAAAUAAAGAGUGAAACUGAUUUUAAAACAGGUCCAGUU